GUUUCAGCGCAUGUCUCGUUAUGCUAGGACUUUUUUGCUAAAAUACAACCUAACUGGGUACAACAUAACUGGAUGUAGUACUGUAUUUAUAAUAUAUAUUGUGAAUUUAAAUUAACCUUCAAAGGCCAAAAUGUCUUCUGGUGGUGGUGUAACAACAACUUCAAAUUCAUCACAUUCAACUACAUCCAGCAAGUUAUCUACAACCGAGAGAGUGAUCAAAAGUGUACCUCUACCACCACCAAAUAAGUUAACCAUUGGAGAAGUCUAUGAUUCAAAGACUAAUAAACCUCGUCCAGAAGUGUUGAAAAAUCAUUUCAUUCUAGAGGGAAGAAUAGAUGAAAAUUGUGCUCUAAGGAUAAUCAAUGAGGGUGCCGCACUAUUACGAGCUGAGGAUACCAUGAUUAACAUUGAAGCACCGGCAACCGUAUGUGGUGAUAUACAUGGUCAAUUUUACGAUUUAAUGAAAUUAUUUGAAGUUGGAGGUUCCCCUUCAACCACGAAGUAUUUAUUUCUUGGUGAUUAUGUUGAUAGAGGAUAUUUCAGUAUUGAAUGUGUUCUCUAUUUAUGGGCAUUGAAAAUUAAUUACCCAAACACACUAUUUUUAUUGAGAGGUAACCAUGAAUGUCGCCAUUUAACAGAAUAUUUUACCUUUAAAACUGAAUGCAAAAUAAAAUACUCUGAAAGAGUGUACGACGCUUGCAUGAACGCAUUUGAUUGCCUUCCAUUGGCUGCUCUUAUGAAUGGUCAAUUUUUAUGUGUUCACGGAGGUUUAUCACCUGAAAUCCAUAGUCUCGAUGAUAUCAAGAGGUUAGACCGUUUUAAAGAGCCACCCGCUUUUGGGCCAAUGUGUGAUCUCUUAUGGUCUGACCCGUUAGAGGAUUUUGGUAACGAGAAAAGUGGUGUUGAGCAUUUUACUCAUAAUUCUGUUAGAGGUUGCUCGUACUUCUAUUCGUACGGUGCAUGUUGUGACUUUCUUCAGCAAAAUAAUUUAUUAAGCAUCAUUAGAGCCCAUGAAGCCCAGGAUGCAGGUUACCGGAUGUACCGUAAAUCAAACGUAACUGGUUUCCCAUCAUUGAUAACAAUAUUUAGUGCACCAAAUUAUCUGGAUGUGUACAAUAAUAAAGCUGCUGUCCUUAAAUAUGAAAAUAAUGUAAUGAACAUUAGGCAGUUUAAUUGUUCACCUCAUCCAUAUUGGUUGCCCAAUUUUAUGGAUGUUUUUACUUGGUCGUUACCUUUUGUUGGUGAAAAGGUUACCGAAAUGCUGGUCAAUGUACUCAAUAUUUGUUCAGAUGAUGAAUUGAUGCAUGAAGGGGAAGAAAACUUUGAAGGAUCAGAUGAAGCUAACAUGGCAAGCUCGGCUCGAAAAGAGGUUAUUCGCAACAAAAUUCGUGCAAUCGGUAAAAUGGCCCGAGUAUUUUCAGUCCUCAGAGAGGAAUCCGAAAGUGUUCUGCAACUAAAGGGUCUCACUCCGUCGGGAACUUUGCCUCUUGGGGCUCUCUCAGAGGGCAAAGAGUCUCUUCGUAAUGCUUUGGCUGGAUUCUCACCAAACCACAAAAUAACAAGCUUCGAGGAGGCGAAAGGUUUGGAUAAGAUCAAUGAAAGGAUGCCUCCACGGAAAGAUCAGCCCCAGCCUCAGCCACCUGCACAGCAACCGAAACAACAGCAACAGCAAGAACAGCAACAACAAUAAUCCAACUUUAAUAAUGUCCGUUUAAAAACAAAAAAACCUGAAAAAUCCGUUUUUCUUUUGCUUCUUUGUGUCAAUUGUUUUUGUUUUUUUUGCCACUUUUCUUCUUGUUCAACAAUUCAAAUCAUCAAUUAACCAGCAAUUGAUUAACUCAAUAUUUCCGAUGUGCAAGAAUGUUUUAUCUAUCUAAACAUCUAAUCAAACCCAAACGCAUAGUAAAUAGAUGUUAACUCUUUUCCAAGAAAAGCUACUUUUUUCCCGUUUUUUUUUCUCUUCUUAUUGCUUGAUCUUUUCCUAUUUUGUUUUCCCUUUUUACCCAAGCAAAUCCCCAUUCAUGAUGAUGAUUCUGACGGUGAUGAUGAUGAUGAUGAUGAUGAUGACGAUAAUGAUGAUAAUAAUGUUGGGAAAGUUGAGUUAGUCUUGGAACAUGAAAAUGUUUCAAUGAAAUCACUUGAGUAAAAUUAUCUCCUCUAUUAACCCUUUUGUCUUGCUUUUACUUUUGCAUCCAAACUAAUGUCAAGUGAACAUGAUAAAGCUAACCAUGAAUCCCAAUAGAUUUACAGAAAAGUGAAAAUUGAAAUAUCAAAAAAGAACAGGAUGAAACGAAAUUUUUGAUAGCAAAUGAAAGACUAAAAUUAAUCAACUAAUCAACCUUUUACUGUGUUUUGUUCAUCAAAUUAAAAUUACGAGUCGAGAUUAUUGGUCGACUAUAAAAAGGACUAAGAGCAUAAAAUGUUUGAGACAAAAACAGAGACAGAAAUUAAUGAUUAAAAUGAAUGUUGAAUAUCAAAUGGAUUCAUCCUCAAAUUGUCAUCAUCAUGAAGUGCAACAGUAAUGAUUGAGAAACCUAAUUGUUGUUAGGCUUUUCUUGCCUUAAACUAUCACUGACCAAAGAGUAAUAAAGAGAUAAAUAAAAAGCAUUUGAGAGGACAAAAGUUCCUAAUUGAAUCAAGUGAAAGGGUUUAAUUUGAAAACUAACAUUUACAUGAAAAACAUAAAUUGAAGAUUAAAAUUUUUCUACUCUUUGGUCAUUGAUUAUUUGCUUUCAAUGCUACUUUUGUUGAAGAGUUGCGAUGAUGAUUCAAGUGAUGAAGUUGAUGAAGGUUAAAAUGUGAUGAAAAAUGCAAAUGAAAAUGAAGAUGAAACUGGUGAAGAUGAAGAUUAUGAUGAAGAAAAGGUUUACUUAAGAGGGUGAAAUGUUAGCUCUUAGACUAUUUUCCGGUCUCAUCUUGACCUACCUUAAGGGUGUAACUCACUUGAACCUGCUCAAAGUAGCAAGUAACCAGGAUAAUCUUGACAAAGAUUAAACUCUUUUCCUUGUCCAGUUUAACCCAAAAUUAUUGACUGACAAUUGAACCUUAUGUUGACUCGUCAACACAUUUUCAGAUUUUUACUCUAAAUUCAGGUAAUCCAUGAUGAGAUAAUCUUGUCUAAUAAUAAUUUCUUUUCUUUUUUUUUGUUUCUUCUCUUGUUCCAGUUGCAAAGUGUUACACCCUUUAAUUAUUGAUGUCAGUUUGGAUCAUCAUUUUACUGAUGAUUCAUUUCAUUUUCUGCUUCAUUUUCCAGAUUUCAAACCUUUUACAUCUAUUUUGCUCUCUCUCUUGUACUCUCCCGCUUUCCCUGUCUCUCUCUCUCUGCUCUCUUUCUCUCUGUAUUAUCACCAUCUUCAUGAUCAUCAUCAUCAUGAUUCUCCUUCAUCACCACCAUUAUCACCAUCAUUAUCAUCUUCAUCUUGUUUCAUCCUCAUUAUCACCUUUCAUCAUCAUCAUCUUCAUAUUUGGGUUGAAAAUUAUGCCCAUAAACCAGACAAAAAGACACCUUAUUGUUCACUUUCUUGCACCUAACUCAAUCCCGUUUCUUUUCACUCAACUUAACCAACAUCUGACUCUGAUGUAUUAUAUACUAUUUAUUCAAUUAUCGCAAUUAAACAUUUAACCUUCAAUUUAA